AUGAUUCGCCACGCAUUGAAUUUGCUUCUGCUUUCCACGGCCAUCACUGGUCAGGUGACUUCCCCCGACGGUCCUUAUACCCCCAAUUCAUUUGAUGACGGCGACGUCCUGGCCCCAAACGCUGUAAGCCCUGAUUUCAAGCCCAUCACAAACUUGAAGCCGUCCGCGGUCCCAAAAUUGAGGCCGGCCCCAAGCGCGAAGCCGGCCCCAAGCGUUGCGCCUUUCCGAAACCAAACAUUCUACCACAACCCCAGGACGUUCUCUUCCAUAAUAACGUCGAUCCGAGUUACCUCAUCCUCACAGAGUAGCAGCCAUAGUUCUUCUUCUACCAGGAAGCCCAGUCAGCGUCCUUCGUCAACCUCGCAUAGCAGUUCCAUAAAACCGUCGUCCACGCCGGCUCCGAUCGUUGUGAGCAACGGAGAGACAGUUGCCGCUGGCCUCGGCGCGAUGAUUAUUGGAGGUGCUUUGGGUGGCUUCGUCCUGGCGCCCUCUGGCGCUCUUCUUCCCAUCGCGGCGGGAGAAGCCGCCGUAUUAUCAGCGGCCGCCGGCUCUGGGGCCGGAGCUGCCGCACGCGAGUUUGAACUGGAUCCCAUCGACGAUAAACCUGAUCUGCCCGAGUCGGUCCCGGAAGCCAAGCCAACUCAGCAAAAGCCCACCGAGAAGCCCACCGAGAACCCUGCGACGCCAACGCAGGACUUCUUCUACUGCCCGGAGGACUUCCUCUACUGCCCGGGGGACUUCCUCUACUGCCCGGGGGACUUCCUCUACUGCCUCGGGGACCUCUUCGGCUGCGUCAUCGACAUUCUCCUUCUCCUCGACGAGCGAAUCCUUCUCCCGGACCUCUUCAGCGUCUUCCUCCUCCUCCACAAGCGCAUCCUUCUCCCGGACCUCUUCGGCGUCUUCCUCCUCCCGUGUGACCACCUCAUCCAGGAGGAGCACUACCACUACCACACGUACGUCACAGCGUCUCCGGGCUUGGAAGGACAAAUUCAGCUCCGAUUCAACCCUGAACUCGCCGUCGCGGGAGGCUGUGAUCCCUACCCGGCCGUCGAUGCCCUCGGAAACCUCGGAGCUGGUUUGAAGCCAACGGGUCACAGAAGAAGCGGAUGUGGCAAUGGCGGAACAGGACAGGUCUAUGUCCGACGCGGAAAGACUCAAGGCCAUGUCGGUGUCAUGUUUAGCUACUACUUCCCCAAGGCCCGCUGGGGAGGGGAUAACGACGAGGGCCAGCGUGACUACUGGGCCAGCAUCGUCGUCUGGGUCAACCGAUGGGGCUGCAUGGACGAUGGGGACGUUUCGCGCGUCUUCCCCGUUGGCGUGUCCUUCACUAAAGACCACUUGGAAUGGGACGCGGCGCCACCGGGCACCAUCUCUUACGUGAACUCCACGCACCCCCAAAUGCAGAUUCGGGACAAUGCCAUGGGAUACAUCACGGGCAACAACGCCGACGACGCCUUUGAGCGCAAACUCGUCGCCUGGGAUGAGCUUACCCCCGAGGCCGCGUAUGCGCUGUCGGUUGUCCAUUACGAGCAUACUCAGGUGCCGUUCAUCGACGCCAACUUCCAGAACAGCCUUGAUGCUGCGUAUGAGGAGGGCAUUUUCGGCUCCUUGACUGAUGAGCAGGGUUGCGACGAUGCCCCCUAG